ACUCGAGAGUGACAGAAGUGGUGUUUAUAUAUUGUCUGUAUGAAUGAGCUUUAUUAUGCUCAAGAGUACUGGUGGACUUUUUGUAUUGAUCCAAUAUUUAUAGAGAGAGAAAAGUGAAUGAGAGAGAGAGAAUAUUGAUUGGUUUGGAAAUCUUUGUGUGUCGGUCAUGGACUUUGUUCUUGUUUGAAGACGACAGGACUCAAGUUCUGUAAUGGCUUUUUCAACUUCCUCUUAUCUUGUCGUUUUGGUUCUGUACUAUCUUUCCUCUCCCUCCUCAUGAUUCUUCAUCACCUUCCGCUCUGAGUUCUUGCAAAAACCACAGAGCUUUUGUUUAGUCAAUCAAGAUUCAGGGUUUGAUUAACCGAUGAUUACUUUUAUGGAUUCGAAAGAAAAAUUCAAAGAUACUGAGAAAUGCUUAGAUUCUCAGUUCUGGCAUGCGUGUGCUGGAAGUAUGGUGCAAAUGCCGCCGGUGAACUCGAAAGUCUUUUACUUUCCUCAGGGCCAUUCUGAGCAUGCUUGUCAAAAUGUGGACUUUAUGAAUUGCCCUAGGCUUCCGCCGUAUGUUGCUUGUAGAGUAUCGUCUAUAAGGUUCAUGGCGGAUCCGGAUACUGAUGAGGUUUAUGCUAAUAUUAGAUUGGUUCCCAUCAGUGGAAAUGAGAUUAAUUGUGAUGAUGCUGGAAUUCCGGGGAAUAAUGGAUCAGGUGAGCAGGAUAAGCCUACUUCAUUUGCCAAGACGUUGACGCAGUCUGAUGCUAAUAAUGGUGGGGGCUUUUCUGUUCCGCGUUAUUGUGCUGAGACAAUUUUUCCACGGCUGGAUUACUCUGCUGAUCCGCCAGUACAAACUAUUCUUGCUAAAGAUGUUCAUGGUGAAACUUGGAAGUUCCGUCAUAUCUAUAGGGGAACACCAAGACGCCAUCUUUUGACAACUGGAUGGAGUACCUUUGUCAAUCAGAAGAAGCUUGUUGCAGGGGAUUCAAUCGUGUUUUUGAGGGCAGAGAAUGGGGACCUUUGUGUUGGAAUACGGAGAGCAAAGAGGGGUAUUGGAGGUAAUCCUGAUUCUACUUCUGGUUGGAAUCCGGCUGGGGGAAAUUCUGUUGUGCCAUAUGGCGGAUUCUCAGCAUUUCUUCGGGACGAUGAAAAUAAAUUAGCAAGAUACGGUAAUGGAGGAAGUCCACCCGGGUGUGGAAAUGGAACAAGCAAGGCAAAAGUAAAGGCUGAAUCAGUUAUUGAAGCUGCAACCCUUGCAGCUGAAGGGCAGCCCUUUGAAGUUGUUUACUACCCUCGAGCAAGCACUCCAGAGUUCUGUGUCAAAGCCUCGCUGGUAAAAUCUGCAAUGCAAAUUCGCUGGUGUUCAGGAAUGAGAUUCAAAAUGCCCUUUGAAACCGAAGAUUCAUCACGGAUAAGUUGGUUCAUGGGCACUAUAUCCUCUGUUCAAGUUGCUGACCCCAUUCGUUGGCCUGAUUCACCUUGGAGGCUUCUUCAGGUCACCUGGGAUGAACCCGAUUUGCUACAAAAUGUGAAAAGUGUCAGCCCUUGGCUUGUGGAAUUAGUAUCAAACAUGCCUAGUAUUCAUAUAUCUCCAUUCUCACCACCACGAAAGAAGCUAAGAUUACCCCAACACCCAGAUUUCCCUCUUGACGGGCAGCUUCCGGUGCCAACAUUUUCAAGAAAUCUCCUCGGGCACAACAGUCCUUUUGCUCGUUUUCCCGAUAACACUCCUGCUGGCAUGCAGGGAGCCAGGCACACUCAGUAUGGUUUACCAUUAGCAGAUUUCCACCUACAAAAAUUGCAGUCAGGUCUAUUUCCGCCUGGUUUCUCACCUUUUCGCCAUUGUUCUAUACCGGCUAGGCCUUCUAUCAACCCAGAUAUUAAUAUGUCUAGCAGCAGUGAAAAUAUCUCUUGCCUGUUAAGCAUAGGAAAUUCAGCUCACAAUGAAAAAAAAAUUGAGGACCAGAAGCCACGGCAAUUCUUACUUUUUGGUCAGCCGAUACUCACAAAACAGCAGACUAUGCUAAGUAGCUCUAGUUUUACAUCCUCCGGAGGGGAUAUAGAUAAGGUUGCACGUAUGUCUGCUGGUGACAGUUACGCCUCUGGUUCUGGUUUUGCACUCCGUCAAUGUACAAUACGGGAGCCCUCAUCCUCUGAAGGAUUGCUUCAAUGCAAAGGUAAUCUUCAAGAAGCUGAGACCAGCUUAGAAAUUGGUCACUGCAAGGUAUUCAUGGAAUCAGAGGAUGUAGGUCGGACUCUUGAUCUCUCCCUGCUUUCUUCUUAUGAAGAACUGUACAGAAAAUUGGCUACCAUGUUCAGUAUUAAAAGUUCUGAUAUGUUGAAACACGUGCUGUACCGUGACAUCAGAGGUGCUGUAAAGCACAUCGGAGAUGAGCAAUUUAGUGACUUCGUAAAAACAGCACGAAGAUUGACAAUUCUGACGGAUGCAAGCAGCAAUGACAUAGAAAUCUAAAUUUAAUGAGGAAUAGCUAACGCCAGCUUUCAGAUGUUACUAAAUACACUUUCAAGUUUUCAUGUGCAAAUAGUUAUAGACAAUAGACAUCGACUACUUCUCUACUUGCUCCUGACAUUUCUGGCAAAUCUCGUGAUAUGUUGGAUUGCAUACUUGGAUUCUUGAUUGUGAGGGUUUGUUAUUAGCUUCAAAAGAUUGAAGAAUCCUGUUCUUAAUUUUGAGAAACCUACAAAUAUUAUUGUAUAGUGUUAAAGAGUUGGAAAUCAGCCAAGUGAGAACGCUCUGGCAAUUUUGUUUUGUUA